AAAAUACCAAAACAAAAAUGUCCUUUUUAACAAUCCUAUUUGUAAUAUCAUUUAUUGAGAUUACCUGUGCCUAUCAUCCAAACGUUUUACUGAUAAUUCUGGACGAUUUCAAGCCCCUGUUGGGAUGUUACAACGAUUCGCAAGCUGUGACUCCUCACAUAGAUUUACUGGCCUCUAAAAGUUUCAUAUUUACCAAAGCUUAUGCACAGCAAGCCCUUUGCGCCCCUAGUAGAAACUCUUUGCUGACCAGCAGGAGGCCAGACAGUUUGCGGUUGUACGAUUUCUACAGUUACUGGCGUGAAAGCGCUGGAAAUUUUACAACUUUGCCUCAGCAUUUCAAGCAAAACCACUACCACACGCAUUCAGUUGGUAAAAUAUUCCAUCCUGGUAUUUCCUCUAACUAUUCUGAUGAUCAGCCCUAUAGCUGGAGCCAGAAACCGUUUCAUCCAAAAACCAUAGAGUUUAAAAACGCCAAAGUUUGCACCAAUUCUGAUGGUAGUUUAGGCAGGAACUUAAUUUGCCCAGUGGUUACUGAGUUUCAACCAAUGGGCACUUUACCAGACAUUGAAUCAAUGCAAGAAGCAGUAAGAUUUUUGAGAAACCACCCAUCAACCAAUAAGCCGUAUUUUUUGGCUGUGGGCUUCCACAAACCGCACAUACCUUUUAAAUUUCCUCAAUCAUAUUUAGAUUUACAUCCUUUGAGCAACAUUUCAUUGCCCUCAAAUACAAACAGGCCUUCCCUGUUGCCUGAUGUUGCUUGGAACCCAUGGACUGAUAUAAGAGAAAGAGAUGACAUUAAAAAGCUAAACAUCUCAUUUCCUUAUGGGCCUAUUUCAAAUGACAAUAUAAAACAAAUAAUUCAAGCCUAUUACGCUUCGGUUACAUAUGUGGAUGAUUUAAUAGGCAAAGUCCUCAAGGAAGUGGAUUUUGGAAACACCAUAGUAAUAUUAACAGGAGAUCAUGGUUGGUCUUUGGGACAACACGGCGAGUUUUCAAAGUUUAGCAAUUUUGAGGAGGCAACACGGGUGCCACUAAUAAUUUAUGUACCACAUUUGAGUGAUAGAGUAAUUGUAGUGGAUUCUCUUGUUGAAUUGGUGGAUUUGUUUCCGACUUUAGUGGAUUUGACUCAAAUUUCUGGUCCAUUGGAGCAAUGUGCUUUGGGUGAAGUUAUGGAUGUUUGCACAGAGGGGCAAAGUUUGUUGCCUGUGAUGAUUGGAGCCAAAAAAGGCAAAUCGGCUGUAUUUACGCAAUAUCCAAGACCUGGAGCGCAUCCUAGUUGCAACAGUGAUAAGCCACAUUUAAAAGAUAUUGAAAUAAUGGGUUAUUCUAUUAGAACUAGGACAUUUAGGUAUUGUGAAUGGGUGCAAUUUGAUCAUAGUAAUUUCACUGUUAAUUGGAAUAAGGUUUACGGCAGGGAAAUGUAUGAUCACCUAAUUGAUCCUCAAGAAAAUUUGAAUUUAGCUGAUAGAAAAGAGAUGAUCAACGUUAGGAAGAAGUUGAGGAGAUUAUUGAUAGCAGGGUGGAGGCAUAUUUAGCUUUGAGAUUUCUAUACUAGGUGUCCUUACUUAUUCCACUAGAGACAUUUUUAUUAUGUGUGUAAGGCAACGCAUUCACCAUAAGUCAAUAAGAAUAUUUACUUGCAUAAUAAAUGAAAAACAAUUUUGCACCAAUUUUAAUGGUACAAUUUGCCCCGUGGUCACUCAUGAGUUUCAACCCAUGGGCACUUUACCGGACAUUGAAUGAAUAGUUUUUUUUCAUUACCUUAGAAUAUCCCUUCUAGGUAAGGACGUCCCAUACCUACCUAUAUAAUUUCUCCACUGUAACAAAACUGCCUGGUGCACGUGGGUCCUCAACCACUUUAAUCUGAGGGUGGUGCCCGAGACGUACUGCCGAAUAAACCCUAACUGGGAAUCCGCCCUGAUUUUGGCGCCCGAGCAGGGAUCUGUUAAUGUUUUCGUCAGUACAAGUUUAGUCAUAUGCAGACCAACCCCAUUAACCUUGUCCAGCCAAUACUGCCCUAUAAGGCUGUUAUUCUGACUCUAAAUUAGUUGAGAUUUCUAUACUAGGUGUCCUCACUUAUUCUACUAGAGGCAUUUUUAUUAUGUGCAAGGCAACGCAUUCACCGAUAAGUCAAUAAGAAUAUAUACUUGUAUAAUAAAUAAAUAAAAAACAA